AUGCUUCACGGCCAGAGGUUUAAUUUCGAUAACCGGCGACGACGGGCGCAACUCCAGCUUGUCCAACAUCCAGAUUCCAGAAUCCCAUCCCAUCCCACCCACACCCACUUGGGCGAGCGGUCCAUUAUCACGAAUCAUCUGAGCAUCGCUUCAGAUCAUCGGUUACAACCCGAACAUUAUCUCCGUCAGAUUGUCCACAGUCCUGCUUUCCAUCUGCCGCGCGCCGCGGCUACCACUUGUCGCCCUACAGAAGGACCUUGA